AGAGUGCCUGGCGCCCAAGCGCAAUCUCUCAGUGAUGCUAUUCAGGAGGGGGGCUAUAUUUACCGUGCCCUCUGACUGCUGGUCCCGCGUGUCGGAUUUCAGCAGCAUGCCCCAUGGCGGCUCUAUCAGCACCUGCUGCUAAGUAUAGCGCUCUCUCUGACUGGACAGCACCAGCGAUCCAGCGGGGCUCCGUCUCCAGACCGCAGCGGGAAAAAAUACCGGUCAGACUCGUCCCAUCCUUAACGCCGGUAGUUUAAGGGUGGGUGGGCCUGCUUUUAUUUUUUUUAUUUCCCCUUUUCAAAGCGGUGACCUGAGUUUGGACUGUACCGGUACAGUGCUGCGGUUCUGGAUGGACUUUGGGUCCUUGCUGAACUCAUCUAUACGACUGGGUCACGGCACCUCUGACGGUCUGUCUCCCGGGGAGUGUGUUCACCUGAAGGUACAGUACAGAAAAACCUCUCUGCCAAAUUGCAGCAACAGUUUCCCCACCACUUGGAUGUAAGACAGAGCCCCUCGGCCUUGGAGCCUGGUUUGGGUGGAGAUGGAGAGUUGGCCAGCGGAGGAGGACCACUUCCAUUUCCAUCCCAGCAUGCCCCAAGACUUUGGUGUACGCAACAAUGAUGGCCCGAACCAUGUGGAAAUCUUCGACAUCAUCAACAUCCACAGCCAUCACCGAGCUAUCUCUGAGACGACUUGUCUGUGCGACAUAUUUGGAGAUGACUGCGAGUCGCCAACUCCGUCCUGCAGCCCAGCCUCAGAUUUCCUAACUAUGAAGGAGGUAGAUGAUUUUACACUAGCAGAUGACUCCAAUAAUGAAUCAUCAGGCUCUUACCACACAGCCAUAUGUUCUGAGCAGUUGAGCGAUUCUAGUGAGACCUUUGAAGAUUCUACAGAGACUCAUGCCCCAGCAUCCUCAGACACUGUGCUGUUAUCUAGUCCAGAAAGUAUAGAUUCUUGCUCUCUCACGCCUACUAGUUUUGAAUCCAGCAAUGUUCAAUCUACAGGCACUUCACCCACAUUAGAACACACUGAUUUGCCCCUUCAGUCCAAGGGUGCCACUGACCGAAUCAGCCCCUCAAUUCACCCAGGAAAUACUGAUAUAUACAAUUCCAGGAAUUUUGGCCUCCCACCUGAAAGGAAGAACACCACAGUUAUACUUGAAAAAAGGGAAUCUAAUCACUCACCUAAUCCAAGAUGUCCUAUCCCCUCAGCCAGACCCCAGACUAUAGCCCCAACACUAACACACAGGAAUACAUCCUCAUCAUUUACACCCCAGAUUACAUCCCCGUCAUGUACACUCAGGAAUAUAUCUCCAUCACUGACACCCCAGAUUAAAACCCCAAUACCUACACCCAGAAAUAUAUCCCCAUCACUGAGACUCCAGAUCACAUCUCCAAUACCUACACCAAGGAAUACAUCCCCAUCACUGAGAACCCAGACCACAUCCCCAAUCCCUACACCAAGGAAUACAUCCCCAUCACUGAGACUCCAGAUCACAUCUCCAAUACCUACACCUCGGACUACAUCCACAUCACUGAGAACCCAGACCACAUCCACAAUCCCUGCACCCAGGAAUACAUCUCCAUCACUGAGACCCCAGACCACAUCCCCAAUCCCUACACCAAGGAAUACAUCCCCAUCACUGAGACUCCAGAUCACAUCUCCAAUACCUACACCUCGGACUACAUCCCCAUCACUGAGAACCCAGACCACAUCCCCAAUCCCUGCACCCAGGAAUACAUCCCCAUCACUGAGAACCCAGACCACAUCCCCAAUCCCUGCACCCAGGAAUACAUCUCCAUCACUGAGACCCCAGACCACAUCCCCAAUCCCUGCACACAGGAAUACAUCCCCAUUAGUAAGACCCCAGAUCACAUCCCCAUCAUCUACAUCCACAAACACAUCCCCAACACCUACACCCACAAAGACAUCCACAUCACUCACACACACAAACACACCUACAUCACCCAAAUGUCAGACCACUGCCCCAAUACCUACCUCCAGGAAUAGAUCUCCAUCACUGACACACCAGAUUACAUCACCAUCACUUAUACCGACAGACACAUCCCCAUCAUCUACACCCACAGACAUAUCCAUAUUACCAAAACUUCAAACAAUAUGCUCAAUACCUACACCAAGAAAUAUGUCCCCAUCACUGACAUCCCAGAUUACGUCCCCAUCACUUACACCCACAAACACAUUUCUAUCACCUACACCCACAAACAUAUCCGUAUCACCCAAACUUCAGACCACAUCCCCAAUACCUACACCAAGAAAUACAUCCCCAUCACUGACACCCCAUAUUACAUCCCCAUCACCUACAGCUACAGACACAUCUCUGUCACAUACAGACACAUCCACAUCACGCAAACGUCAUACAUCUCCAAUACCUACACCAAGAAAUAUGUCCCCAUCAUUGGCACCCCAGAUUACAUCCCCAUCACCUAUACCCACAAACACAUCUACAUCACCCAAACUUCAGACCACAUCUCCAAUACCUACACCAAGAAAUAUGUCCCCAUCAUUGGCACCCCAGAUUACAUCCCCAUCACCUAUACCCACAAACACAUCUACAUCACCCAAACUUCAGACCACAUCUCCAAUACCUACACCAAGAAAUAUGUCCCCAUCAUUGGCACCCCAGAUUACAUCCCCAUCACCUAUACCCACAAACACAUCUACAUCACCCAAACUUCAGACCACAUCUCAAAUACCUACACCAAGAAAUAUGUCCCCAUCACUGACACCCCAGAUUACAUCUCCAUCACCUAUACCCACAAACACUUCCCCAGCACUGAUAUCCCAGAUUACAUCCCAAUCACCUAGACCUACAAACACAUCCCCAGCACCGAGACCCCAGAUUACAUCCCAAUCACCUACACCCACAAACACCAUCCCAUCAUCUACACCCACAAACACAUCCACAUCACCCAAACUUCAAACCAUGUCCUCAGUACCUAUAACUAGACAUACAUCCCCAUCACUGACACCCCAGAUUACAUCCCCAUCACCUACAGCUACAGACACACCCCUGUCACUUACAGACACAUCCAUAUCACGCAAACGUCAUACAUCUCCAAUACCUACACCAAGAAAUAUGUCCCCAUCAUUGGCACCCCAGAUUACAUCUCCAUCACCUAUAGCCACAAACACUUCCCCAGCACUGAUAUCCCAGAUUACAUCCCAAUCACUUACACCCACAAACACAUCUAUAUCACCCAAGCUUCAGACCACAUCCUCAGUACCUACACCCAGGAAUACAUCCCCAUCACUGACACCCCAGAUUACGUCCCCAUCACCCAAACUCCAGACUAUAUCCCCAUCACUGUCACCCAAGACUAUAUCCCCAUUCUCCAAACUCCAAAGUGCAUUCCCAUCACCUGGACCCAAGAAUGCAUCACCCUCACUAAAGUCUCAAUCUGCUUCUCAAUCACUCACAUCUGGGAUUACAUUAACCUCAGCAAAACCCCAGACAACACCCCCUUCAGCUACACCCAGUACAGUAACACCUUCACUGAAAUCCCAGGCUACUUGUCCAUCAUCCAAUUUUGGGAAAACAUCAGCCUCACCCAAACCCAAUACUACAGCUCUCCCGCCCAAGUCUGAUCCUAACACUUCAGGUCUCUCAGUAGAAUCAGGGGAUGACAUUAACGGAACCAACCUAUGGCCUGAACCCAAAAAGACUAAUAUCUUGUCCAAACCCAGAAGCCCGUCAUUGUCGCCCAAGACCUACUGUACAGACUUCUCGCCUGAAUGCAAAUUUAUAGACUCAGCCCAGGAAGACACUCCCUUGUUUAAACAAAACAAAUCUAAUAAUUCAUUUUCCCCUGAACUUUCAGGAUUGAACUUACAUCAACCUUGCAAUACAGACAGAGAUUCACCAGCUGUAGGCCUGGAAAAUAACACCAAACAAAAGAGCUUCUGCUCCCCUGAGUCACAUUCCACUUUGGACACAGUCCUCAACAAAGCAUCUGCAAACAGAGAGAGCAGGCUGAAGGGUGAAAAGAGCCACAGCGGCCCUCCUACCUUCAGAGCAGCUGUGAACCCAAAACCGUCAUCCAGUGGAAGUCCCUGCAAUGCAGAGCACAACAACUACCCCUGCAGAGACAGGGGGGGUGAGGUGGGAGAGGGCAACAUGGCUAAGAAUCAGUGGGGCAAGGAGGGGGAGGGUAAGUGGGGAGAGAACUGUUACAGAGAGGAACAGGUUGAGCUGUCAUUCAUUGCCAAGAAUAGAAAAGUCCCUGUAAGCCACAGCCCCCCCGCUACAUACAGACAGCCACAGACGAGAAUGCCAGCUCGCUGUUAUUCAGAGUGUCUCCUCGCAACCCGGCAGCAGCAGCACCAGAACUCUUUCGGACCUCAGCGUUCACAGCACGAUCACCCCAGUGGCCCUAGGAAACCUCAAGUACUGCCAAAGACCGCCGACAGCAGUACCAUCAACUCUACCCCAGACUGUGCCAGCGGCAGCUCCAGUAUGGGUAGUGAGUUGGAUGAGACGGACAACGAGGUGAAGUGGUUCACAGACUUAACCUUCAAGAGCCUGUCCAGCCCUCAGGUGGACUAUCUGGAUGUGUACAACUCCAGUCACAGGUCCUCCACCAACAUGUCACAGCCAUCAACUGAAGACAGCACUGGUGCAAAUGCCUGGUCCGCCUACGCAGAUCUACGUGGUUCCGUGCGUUACGAGAACGACGAGCCGUUACGCCAGCCACCCACGGCUAUCCCUUCAGACAGCCUCAAUAGAGCGAAACGCUUUGAGAUGGGCAGCUUCGAAUGUGUGGAUGUGGCCCUGGAUAGUGGGGGCGAGACUUGCAGGGGCAAAAGGACCGUUCCGAAGAGGCAGAUCCAACUCAAGAAGCGUGACACAUGUGAACUUCCUGCCCAAGAGAACAGCGGGGAUCCAGCUGAGGCCUCAUCCACGCACAAAAGACACUCUAAAGAUGUCUUUCUGCGCCAACAUAGUACGCCAGCUGCCGUCGAGGAGGAGUCUUACAAGAGCAAUUCAGACUUGGGAAACAGGAAGCAGAAGCUGCAGAAGUCUGUCUCCUUGGACGAGACAUCGGGCAAGACCAAGAUGGCUACCUGUUUCAUCAAGAAUGUUCUCUCUAAGAAGAUGCAGCAGGAACACAAAGACACAAGCCAGCAGGUACCAUUCCAGAAUAGAGUCAUCAGCCCAUCUGAACCUAUAAACGAAACUGCUGACACCUCCCAAUCUUCUAUUAAACAGACUACCAAAACAGAGGUGUCUAGCCUGAGCUUGGAACUGCCCUCUGAAUGCAGCCUAUCCUCAGAAGACCUACCAGGCAACCUUAACAAACAACCCGAAACCUACAACUCCAACCCCCAGCAGAGGCCAUCCUGUAGAUUCGAUCUUAAUGCACUUCAGGGCAGCACCGUCAGAUCUGAUUUUCAUAGUAAUGAUACGGGGAGAACGGGGAAAAGGUCUGAGCUACUGAUCCCUUUUGAGAAUAAGAAAAACGAGAAACUGAUUUCCAGGGAGAACAUAAAGCAGCUGACGGAUGACAACCUGAGGGAGAAAAACUCCAGUGACUCAGCAAGUGCCAUCAGCGGCAACACAAGCGAGGCUGCCACCCGACCCCCAAGCACGCAGAGCGGAAUGACAAACAGAAUCAAGGAAUGCCACGCCAAGCCAGAUAACCACAAACAGCAGAGUGCCAGGAACAUCUUCAUGUCUAAAACACCAGAAAUAACCCUAAAAUCAAGCAUUGCUGGUGAACAGAAGAAGACUUCCAUCAAGGUUCCACCUUUGUCUCCUGGACCAGGAAUAAUGCCAAGCAGGAGUCCUGACAUUCAUUCAGCAAAAGGAGAAGAAAAACAAGAAGGAAAGAUUGAAAACCCGACUGUGAACGAAACAGGCAGCAGUAUUGAUGUAGAUCCAGGAACUAACAAAACUAAAGGUCCCAUGCACAGAGUAAAAGAUGUGAGAAAGAUGGUAAAAAACACAUACAGCUUAUCGUUUAAGGCAACUGCUGUAACUGCAGAAGACAGCAUUCCCACAGCACAGGAGGAAAAACUGACUGCACCUCCUUCUCCUAUGCAGAUUGAAUUCAAGGCUAUCAGCAGGAAGGAGGAGAAGGCACCAGUUAGUGCUUCUGUGGAGGCGCAAAAAGACGACAAGGCACAACGAGAGCCAUCCUCUCAGACUAUUCAGGAAAAAGUCAGAGAGACAGCCUCGAUUCACGUUACACCCAGGAACGUUUCGAUUGAGGACAUGGCUACCUCAGAGUUACAUGAGGAGACACCUGAUGCGGAGUCUAAUAAAGUUAACCGCCUUGGUGUAUCAGAAUCAAACAAGCCAGCAGAGAAGCAACAGAAGGAAAGUGAGCGAGCCCCUAAGCUGAGCAGCCCAGCUAAGCUGCCCUGCAAGGACAGAGAGAUAUCUACCCUCAUUCUACUACAGGAUGGGCAAACGAAUGACAGCAAUGACCCAACAGCCCCACCUCCCCUAAGUCUAACCACCACCAGCAGCAGCCGCUCCGUCUCCAUGCUACUGAAAGAGAACUGCUUUCAAGCUGACAUCGGGCUUUGUGAUGCUCCAAACGGAAGCCAAUUGUCCACACCGAAGCAUGUCAACAGGCUGGAGGUCCCGUUACAAAGCCGCCCAGUGGAAGAUCUUGGCCCAGGGGCGAAGAAAGAGACAAUUUUGGAUCCCACACCAACACGCACUAAUAUCUCUCCAAAACUAGUCCCACCACUGGAGACUAAAGGUGAACCCCACCAUAAAGAAGCUCUUACACCUGGAAAGACAGACAUGGGGAAGAUCAGCCGCAAAUCCCCACUGAGAGAAACACAAGCAGUAACAUCCUUAUCAUCAAUGUCUAGCUACACUCAGCGACAGUCAGUGACAGAAGAAACCCACACCAGCAGCUACACCCAGGAGUCGACGGUGGUCGCGACAUCCAGUAACACUAGUCAACCUGUAGUAACAGUGACAACCAGCUUUAAACAAAGUCCAGCACCUCCCAGCAGCCCACAGCAAUCAAAUAUCGCAAGUACACAGGAGCAGGUUAUGUCAGUGGCAUCCAGCAUAUCAAGAACGAUGGCAGCACCCACUACAACACAAGCGCCAAGUUACAUCAAGGAACCGGGAUCAAGGGCACCAAUGCGACAUCAGCCAUAUGUUGACAAAUAUCGCUUUUAUACCUCAGAUGACCCCCCAAGCUAUGACGAGAGGGAGAGCUUCAGCCCCCUGCAUUUAACGGACCUGCCUCCCAGAAGGUUCCACCGUUACCAUCCCACCUGCCAAGUUCCUCCAUGUUCCUGCGCUCAAGAGAGUCUCUUGACCUCUGGGCAGCCCAGCCUUCAACCCCCCAACAUAGCUCCUCCUGCAGCACCACUACUACGCCCCCAGGAUGCGUGCUACCCUCAAGCUGUCCCCCCAGCCAACCAAGAUGAGCCCAGGUCUGAUGUCCAGCCGGUAAACCUCCAGCCAGCAUCACCACAAGUCACCCAGCCCAGGACUUUGCAGGCUCCAGCCCCAUUCCAGCCUCUUCAGCACCCGCCCGCAGUACCUGCUUAUCCUGGACCACUGAUGCAGCCGCGUCCCGAGGACAUCAGGCAGCCAGGACAGAGGACGGACAGGCAAGUGCUUCACCCCCGCCCACCCCAACAGCCGACACAGCUGGUCGCAGGGAGUCCCUACGGCAGCCACACCCACUCGCCCACCUCACUGGAAUCGAGACCCCCUUACUUGUGCAGCCCGCAGAGCUUCACAGCUUCGUUCAGCCCAGAGUACAGCAGCGAGGGCCCUGGGGACAGUGGAGUACUUUACCCUGAGAGUGGUGGUAGCCUCUUUGGACAGAGUCCCCGGCGUGUUCUGCUGGACCCCGAGACUGGAAAGUACUUCUACGUUGAGGUGCCAGUGCAGCCGCUACGCAAGAUGCUCUUCGACCCCGAGACCGGCCAAUACGUAGAGGUGCUAAUCCCGCAGUCGGGUCUGUACCCACCCUCCGCUGUCCCCUACCCCUCUCUGCACAGCCCUAGCAUGUAUCCUCCACAGUACAUGCCUUACUCAGUUUCACCUCACCCCCCCACCCAACCACCGCGGCACCCAGAGGUCCCAGCACCCCCAGCUCUCCACCAGACCAACAGAAGUUUUGGGAGCCCAGGUAACCAGGGCUCAAAGCGUGAGUCCCAGAACCACCCACCUCUGGAUCAGAGCUACCUAGAGAGCAUGUACUAUGUUCCUACAGGGAUGACUUCAAGUCCGAAUCCCACUCCUCCGGACUUUUACCACAAACUUCCCCCUCGCCCAAGUUCUGAGGGUAAAAGGUCCUAAAAUUGACAUUGUGGUGUGUAAAACACAAAAUACGCGUGGAACAUUAAACUUGCAGCAACAGUAUCCACAGCUUACACUGCGGUAAGUAUUUUACCGCUGUUCUCCCAUAGUUCCAUUGUGUUCCAUUUGUGUUACAUGUAUAAUGGUACUAAGAUAAAAUUCAGUCACAUGACUUACCGUAACUAAAAGAAUGAACUGCAAAUUGUUCAAAUGCAAUGCAGAAACAGUGGUUCUAUCAACUUUACAGCUCUUUGGGGUUCUGUUACGUUUCCUUUAAAAGUGUCCUUGAUUGAAAUGGUCAGUAGCAGAAAACCAGUAGGACUACAGGGAUGAAUUUCUGUGCUCUGCUUAAACUCAUGGAUCCUCAAAAGCUGCACUCUAUACUGGGAACUCAAGUUUUUGUAUGUUAAGAUAAUAGUCUGUCUGUGUAGUUUGAAUCAAAUGUCUUGCUUAAAAUACAGAAACUUCCUGCAUUAUCCUUUAGCUGUUUUUAUUUUCUAUGGCGGUCAGGCUGUGAUACAAGCCGCAGUCCGAGGCAGUCAGAAGGGCGUUAGAGAUGGUAUAAUGCCUUUGGGCUCUAACAAAGACCCUAGAAUCCAGGUUUGAUGAUAAUCCUCGUCUCUGAGGAACGGAAGAGCACAAAUUCAUUAAUCUCUCUAUUCUGCACCAUUGAUUGUGAUGUGUGAACUGAGUCCCUGCUGGCAAUUUGGUUAUAAAACAGUUACAGUUAUAACACAGUCAUUAUUUAAUUUUAUAACAUGGCCUCAUCCCAUUACUGACCCCUAGCAGGGACGAAGGAGAGCUGGGGGUGGGGGGGGGCACUCUCCGUUCUGUGCUUCUGGGUUCAGAAGCUGUGUCCGUGUGGUGUGUAACGUGAGAUCCUGCAGGUGUACCGCUAGCUGAAGGACUGCGGUACACCGAGACUUUCUCUGUCGAUGCCAUUACUCUGACAAAGUGGUACCACCUUCCGUCUCCUCUCAGCUUUCGAUGUUUGUCUGAUCUCUGGGCGUGAAUAAUGACUGUUGUGCACUACAGGCAAAAAGUUUUAUAAAAAAAAAGAGCAGAAAUCAGACUGCAAAUGGUGUAGAACAAUGCAAAAGUGACCACUGUUAAAUUUUGUACACAAUAAAGAUAUUUGUCUUUACGUAGA